AUGUCGCUACGGCUGCGGUCGCGGUCCAGAGAUAGAGAAAGACCACGGCGGAGAUCUAACUCCCGAUCCAGGAGGAAACCUGUCGAAAGGGUGGAGAGGCCGCCUGAGAGGACGAGGCGACGAAAGAGUCGCACGCCCGUCUCCAAGAGCAGGAGUCCUGCCAAGAAAAAGUCUGGUGGUGGAGGCGGUGGAGGCAGUGGCUUCGAUGUGAAGGUCAUGCCAGAGGAUCUCGAGCGAGUGCAGGCGCUGGCCAGGCAGUACAACCAGAACAAGUCGGUUGCGCAGGCCGUGGCGUUGCAUCUCGAGCAGACGAAGAACCAGCAGCCAGCGAAUCCUGAGGUGGAAACUUUCUUGGCCCAGUAUCCUCAGAUCCAGGCACAUGCUGCCGCUCGGCUACGAGCCCUGCCCAAAGAGGCCCAGACAAAUGUCCUCAUGCGUGGUGGCCUGGGCAGUGCCCGUGAUCCCACGGCAAUGUUGCUGGGGAGGAUACGACAGGUCGAUCCCUUCAACACCACUUGGGUGCCUCACACACCUGGUAUGCAGCCGUUUCCAACGCAAUCGCAGGUGGCAGCGCAGCAAACGAUGGUGGCGAAGGUCGCACCUGAGCCGAAACCACCGGCAGCUGUAAAGGACCGAGACGAUGGCGAGUACGACGCCCUAACAGCUCUUGCAGAAGGAGAGCUGAUGCAAAGCGCCAGGAUGCAGAAGGCACUUACCAACUCCACAGCGAAGGCUGUGCCGAAGCCAGUUCUUUCGGAUUGGAGGAGAGCACGGCCGCAGCCUGGAGAAGAAGUGCCCGGCUCGCUUCCGGGCGCUUUGUCUCCGGGCCCUCCGGGGCUUCCGGGCUUGGCUCCACCGAGUGCGCCGCUGUCGGGGCCCUUGGGCGCGCCGGCACAGGAGCCCUCCCAGCUUCCACCGCCGCUGCUGGCUCCCAUGCCCGCCCCGCCGAACGGUUUCUCCAGGGUACCACCAGCACCGAGUCCCCUCGUCCCGCCUCCAGCGCCAGUGGCGCCGGCGGCGCCCCCUGCCUUUCCCCCAGCGGCGCCCUUACCGCCCCUUGGCGGUGCAAAGCCACCACCGCCGGCUUCAGGACUGGCCAGCGUCGCAAAGACGAAGCCACCACCACCCCUACCAGGUUUGCCACCGAUGCCAAGCCUGUCGCCUUUGCCAUCCUUGUCCCUCGCAGCUCCAGGAGCGUCGAUGCCCAGUGCGCCGACUGCUCCAGGAUCUGCCGCUCCAGCGCCACCCCCGCCAGCGCCCACCCAACCGACCCCGUCCCCAGUAAGUUCAAUAAGUCCAGAGGCCGCCAAGGCUUUUCCCAUCUCCCCCGAACUUGAAAGCAAACGCAGCAACGUCCAGUCAUCCCUGGCCAACCUGGUCUGA